AUGAGCGAGUUUCAGGGUCGAUGGAAACUGGUAUCGAGCGAGCGAUUCGACGAUUACAUGAAGGUUAUCGGUGUUGGCCGUUUAGCCCGACUUGCUGCCCGAAAUUCGCCGGUCACCUUAAACAUUUCUGUCGAUGUUGAUCGCGUCGUCGUCCGAAGUUCUUCUGUUUUCAAAGAUUACACACUUCAAUUCGUGAUAGGAAAAGAAUUUGAAGAGGUGACGAUUGAUGGGCGACGUUUAUUGACAACUUUCUUUUUUGAACAAGGACACCUAAUUCAACAACAGGCAGCAAUAGAGGAGAAAGACGUUAACUCUCGAAUCACUCGUUGGAUUCACGAAGGGCUCCUCUACACAGAACUCCAAGCUGGCGAUGUCAAAGCUCUUCGCAUCUUUAAACGACUUCAU